ACGAGUGACACAGAGACGUUUGACAGUGCGGAUAGUGUAGCGAACGAGUGUGGUCACGUCGAGCUUGAUUUAACUUCGACUAUUUUUUUUUUUUGGGUUUCUAAAGCGCAGCUGUCACCUUUGUUACACAUAUAUACUUUUAACUCUCUUGUUGGCUGUGAAAGCGCGGUGAUUCUCGUGAGAGUGACGCGCCUACCACGAUCACGCUUCGUAAUAUUACAUUUCGAGUUGAAUUCCUUUUCUCUCUUUGUAUCUUUCUCUCUCUCUCUCUCUCUCUUUCUCUAUCUCAUUCUCUCUAUCUCUUUCCAUCUCUCUUUCUCUUUCCUUCUUCUGUCUCUCUCUCUCUCUCUCUCUCUCUCUCUCUCUCUCUCUCUCUUUAUAUCUCGUAUAUUUCGUAUAUUUCUCGACUUUACGUUUAAAUCGUGCUCGUGUGCUGUAGCAACGAAGAAGAGAAAGAAGAAGAAAAAAAAGAAAAAGAAGGAGGAGGAAGUAGAAGAAGAAGGAGAAGAAGAAGCAGAAGCAAAAGUAAUAAUAAUAGUAGUAUAAGAAAAAGGAAAUAAAUAAGAAACAACAAAGUUGAGGACACAGGAAAAUGAUGACAAGGAAGAUACAACACUGACGUUUUGUUUUCGAUCGUUGCGUCGCGUGUGUACCACCAGUUGCGUGUUGCGUAACCCCGAUUUUACGAGUUUCUAUCUUUCUCUCUUUCUCUAGAUCCCCCUACUCUCUCUCUUUUUCUUUUUUUCUUCCUUUCUCUCUCUUUCUCUCUCUUUCUCUCUCUCUCUCUGUCUGUUUCUAUCUUUCUCUUUAUUUCUUUUUCUCUCUCUUACUCCACCUAUCCUCGUAGCUGGUUCGCAACACGUCUGCAGGUUCAACAGGCAGGAAUCUUACAAACUUCAACAUUGACUGGACAACAUCUUCUUCUCUCUGGAUCACACUAAUUACUUUUGGAAAUAUCCAGUAUUGUACGAAUGGUGUUGGUUGUAAACGGGGUCCUUCAGGAAGAUGUCCCGACGGACAGUAGGUCCUUGUACGUGUCACAUCCCGUAUAUCGUGAGACCGCCGCGCAACUUCACUCAAUGCCGGCUAAAUUAGUGGGCCCGGUUGGCCUUUUGUAUGUCCAACAACGAGAAAUGGCCGCCACAUUGCCACACGAUAAGAACGUGAGCAUCCUCGGCUCGGACGACAUGACUACGUGCAUAAUCGUCGUCGUGAGGCAUUCCGGAUCGGGUGCAGCAGCCUUGGCACACCUGGACGGUGCAGGUACAGAAGAUGCCGCAGCCGCGAUGGUUCAAAGGGUGACAGAAUUAGCUAUUGGCUUUCCGGAAGGUCGUUUAGAGCUUCAAUUAGUCGGCGGUUAUUCCGAUCCAAGAAAUUACUCCGAGGAAUUGUUUUAUAAUAUUCUCUCUGCCUUUCACAAACAACCCGUCGAAAUCGACCUAACGUUGUGCUGUGUCGGUGAAUUGAAUACAACCGUAAGAGCUGGCAUCCAUUGGCCUGUGAUCUAUGGUAUCGGAUUGAACGUGAAGACCGGCGAGAUCUUCCCUGCGACCUUCCCUGACAAGGGCCCCGAUCAGCCGCUCAGGUGUGCCAGACAGUUAACCGGAGGUCAACAGGUACUCGACGUUUACGACUGCACACUGGGAUUACUUAGAAUCGGCCCAUUUAAUUAUGAUCCCUUAAGAGGUGUCGAUCUCUGGCUAGCUCAAUCCGAUCAGUUCAUCCUUCAACAUCUAUCGACGUCGCCGGAAGUCGAACUUCCUCAUUUCGUGUCACAGGUACGAGCAACGCUUAAAUAUAUCCAGGACAAUCAAUUUCCGGCGGUUACCGUCUUUCGAGAUAAUAGGCCUCAUUAUUAUCGUCGGGACGAAGCAACUGGAGUCUGGCAACCGAUACGAUACUAAUUAUUGCACUUCGAAUUACAUUAACAUGUAUAUGUAUGUGCGCGCCAACUUUUUCGUCCUUUCUUGAGGGAGCAUGAAAUCAAUUAAUUAAUUAAUUAAUUAAUGCUCGCGAAGAUUCGUCAUCCUUUUUUUUUUCUUUUCUUUUCUUUUCUUUUUUUCUGUUUUUUUUUUUUUCAACCUCGACGAGAAGAAGAAAAAGAAGAAGAAGAGGAAGAAGAAAUCAAUUUUCAAUCAAUCGAUAAUUGCGAACUAUAUAAAAAAGGAAAGAAAUAUGGCGGACUAAGAGGAGGGAAAAAAGAAAAGAGAAAAUAAUUAAAUCUCAACGUGAUAUUCUUCUCGCGUUGAGAUUCGAAAUAAAUAAUUAAUCCUAAGUGCGAGAGGGAAGAAAGAGAGAGAGAGAGAGAGAGAGAGAGAGAGAGAGAGAGAGAGAGAGAGAGAGAGACGGGCGUCGUCGUCGUCGUCUUCAUCUUCGUUUUCCUGAAGAUUUAUGCCGCGUGAAUCACGAACAUGAAUUACGCUUUCGUGGAACCACGUUGGACUCGUGUUUAUCAUUAAGAUUGCCUGUGAUUCAAUCAUCAAAGGAAAAUCAAACCGGUUUGAUUUUCACAGAUAUGACGAAUAGAAUGGCCGCCAAGCGUAAAACAGGAUGUUCUACGUAUAUAAUAAUGGAUGAUAAAUACUUAACGUCGAUUGCUUUUCGAUGUCGUUAAUUAAAAUAUAUAUUUUAAAAAUUUCAUACGAACAAGUUCCACGUACGCUUCUUUUUAUUAAAUAAUAAAUAAGCAUAAGAUAGAUAGAUAGAGAGAGAGAGAGAGAGAGAGAGAGAGAGAGAGAGAGAGUGAGAGAGAGAGAGAGAGAGAGAGAGAGAGAGAGAGAGAGAGAGAAAGAAAGCUGAAGUGAAUGAGAAAGCGUAAUUAUUCAACGUUCGCGGUUCACGCUACUUGAGAACGGGACAUUAAGUUUUGAUUACGUUUGAUCAUUGGCGGAUUUUUUAACCUUCGAGGAAUCCACGGAGACAAAUUACAAAUUCUUGAGGAGGAGGAAUAGAGGGAAAACGGCCCGCCUCCCUUAUCCCUAACAUUAUAAAACAAAUUAAUUAUUAUGCGCACAAUAUAACAUUACGUAUAUAUAUUUUCUUGCAUCGAUCGUUCAUGAAAAUUGAGAAAUAAACACUGUGCAAUAAAAUUCGAUCAUAAUCUCAUUAAUAAUAAAAAUUAAAAAUUAUAUAUCGAUCUGCCGCCAAAAGAUAUUAAAUUCAUUUUCUUUAUAUAAUAUGGAAUUUUUUUUAUACUUUGUCGUGUCGCGUCGGGGCCUUAUAUCUUAUAGGGCCCAAGGCGGCCGCCUCCGCCAUUUCUAUGCAUAAAUCCGCCAUUGUAAUCGUCUUUCGUUUCAUUACUUUUGGACAUCGUUUCUCUCGUCGCUUUUGUAAAUCAAUAAAUAAAUAUUAUUAUAGCGUACACAUACACGCACAGACAGACACACACACACACACACACACACACACGUGCAGUUUGAACGAACGAUCGAUCAUGUUCGAUCGUCGAUCACGUUGAUGAUAUAUAAUUAAAAAGCUUAGAAACUCGUGUUCUCUUGCCAUUUUUAUUUUUACAAGUUAAGAGAGGGAAAAGAGACAGAGGCAGAGAGAAAGAGAGAGAGAGAGAAAGGGACGGAAAAAAAAUAAGAAAUGUUUGUGAAAGGAAAAAGAACUUUUUUUCCGGGUUUUGUUUUGUUCUUUAUUUCUAUAAUUUUUUUAUUCCCUUUUUUAUUUUUAAUUUUUUUUUUUUUUUCCUUUUUUUCUUUUUCUUAAUAGUCCCAAGAAAUUCACACAACGAAUAUUUCAACGUGUACUUGCCAUAAACGAAAAAAGAAAGAAAGUUUAGCGUUAGACGAAUAGUUUUAAGAGAAUUUUUUAGAGAGAGAGAGAGAGAGAGAGAGAGAGAGAGAGAGAGAGAGAGAGAGAGAGAGAGAGA